AUGACUCACUACUACACUGUACGGAACGAGGAGCAUUCUGCAAGGGAAGUGGGCGGUUUCGACAUCUGGGCCCAGGUAAUGACCUUCAUCUUCAACGACGGACGCCGGGCACCGGGCAUGUGCGCACCCCAGAACUGCCCCUGGGUCCCGGCGUCGCCCUGGUCACAAUCCCGAAGCCAGCUCGAGGCCUGGAGGGCAGGCCAGCAUCGGAAGCUCCAUUACCCCAGCAACUCGGUGGCCGUCCACAUGACGCUCGGCUUCGGCGAGACGUUCGUCUACCUCAAUCUCCUGUACUACGUGAGCACCCUCAUGCUUCACCGCGAGUACUUCCCCUUCCUGCCGACCCCGGAGUCGGAGCCACGGGGUCCAGUCGACCAGCCCAUGCUGGGGGCGCCCGCCCCCGAGGGCUGGUGGGACGACAGCUCCCGACUCCUCUUCGGCGCGGCAGAGCACAUCGCCGCCAUUCUACACGAGGCCUCCGAGUGUGGCGUGCAUCUCAUGACGCCCUUUGCCGGGUUCUGCGCAUUCUCAGCCGGCUACCUCAACCUCUACGUGGCGAAAUACCCCCGAAUGAACCUGGGCCGCAGCCCGCGAGCAAGCGACUGUCUCAAAAUGUGUCUCGACUACCUGGAAAAGUUUCGACUUGUCUGGAAAAUCGCCGACGGAUGGGGCGGCACGCGCAAGAUCAAAACGAUACACCAUGCAUCCGUGCUCUACGAGCGAGCAACCGAGGACCGGACACGAUACCAGGGGCGCACACGAGCAGACUUUGAUACUCUACACCAGUCUGUCCACGAGUUCCGUGUCGUGGAUAGAUCCGACGCGCAUACUCGGGAGAUUCGGGGCGCGGAGCGGCCCUCGGCGCAGGCGACUUGGCCGGUUCAAGGGCACGAGCACGAGCACGAGCACGAGCACGAGCUCGACACUAAUACCUUGUUGAACCAGCUUUUCGCGGAAGUCAGCAAUAACCUCGACGAGCAGGGGGCCUGGUCUCAAUGGUGGCCGGCGAUUGAUCAGGUGGAUCUUUAA